AUGCACGGCCUCCUCUUUUGCACUCUGCUCAUUACUGGACUAGCACAGCUCUGCUGCAGGACGCAGGGCACUGGGUCACCAGACACGACCCCCGGAGGAGGAGGGGCUGGAGAAGCAUCACAAGUGCGUCACCGUAAACAAGUCUGUCACUGGCCCUGCAAAUGUCCUGCUCAGAAGCCCAGUUGUCCUCCUGGGGUGAGCUUGGUGAGGGAUGGCUGCGGAUGCUGCAAAAUCUGCGCCAAGCAACGAGGAGCCAUGUGUAACGAAGCCGACCUCUGUGACCCCCACAAAGCGUUGUACUGUGACUACUCAGCCGACACACCUAGGUACGAGACGGGAGUGUGUGCACAUCUUGUGGCUGUUGGAUGUGAGUUCAACAGGGUCCAUUAUCAGAAUGGUCAAGUAUUUCAGCCGCAUCCACUGUUCAGUUGCCUCUGUGUGGGUGGUGCUAUUGGAUGCACACCCCUCUUCAUACCCAGGCUGGCUGGCAGCAACUGUUCUGCAGCUGAAGAUGUAAGGAGAUCUGGUACAACCAACUGUAGCCCGGGACCACUGCAACAGGGGCGUGCGGCAGGCUACAGAGCAGUACCAGCUUACAGGAACCUUCAGCUUACUUGGAAAAAAAAAUGCCUUGUGCAAGCAACCAAGUGGACUCCCUGCUCCAGAACAUGUGGAAUGGGGAUUUCUAACAGGGUGACCAAUGAAAACAGCAACUGUGAAAUGAGAAGAGAGAAGAGGCUAUGCUAUAUUCAACCCUGCAACAGUAAUAUAUCAAAGGCUGUGAAGAUCCCCAGAGGAAAAACCUGUCAACCCACUUUCCAGCUCUCCAAAGCUGAAAAGUUUGUCUUUUCUGGAUGCUCAAGUACGCAGAGUUACAGACCCAUUUUCUGUGGACUGUGCCUGGACAAGAGAUGCUGUGUCCCCAACAAGUCUAAAAUGAUUACGGUCCAGUUUGACUGCCCCAGUGAAGGGUCAUUUCAGUGGCGGAUGCUCUGGGUCACAUCCUGUGUGUGUCAGAGAGACUGCAGAGAACCAGGAGAUAUAUUUUCUGAGCUCAGGAUUCUAUAG